GCCCCCGCCGGCCCAGCGCCGCUGUCAGCCGGGCGGGCGCCCGCGGCCCCUCCGGAGAGCUCGGCAGCGCGGCGCCCGGCGCCACCCCGGUACAUGGAUUACCUGAAAUUCGUAGUCCAUCCUCAGCCUCUCUGGGUGACUGCAGAAGACAUAGAAUUGUGGCAUCACAACAGAUUGGAAGUUGAGCAAAUUGAGGACUAUGUCUGAAUGUAUCCAGCUCUCAUUUGCUGUUUGUAGAAUUGGCAUUUACACGUGUUUUAGAGCACUUUGCUGCAAGGGACCGCCACCACCACGACCUGAGUAUGACUUGGUUUGCAUAGGCCUCUCUGGUUCUGGCAAGACAAGUCUUCUGUCUCAGCUCUGCAGUGAAAGCUCGGAGAAUAUCGUGUCUACCACAGGUUUUAGUAUAAAAGCAGUGCCAUUCCAGAAUGCAAUUUUGAACGUAAAAGAACUUGGAGGAGCUGAUAAUAUCAGGAAAUACUGGAGUCGCUACUAUCAAGGAUCCCAAGGGGUAAUAUUUGUACUAGACAGCGCCUCCUCUGAAGAUGAUCUAGAAACUGCUAGGAAUGAGCUGCAUUCUGCUCUUCAGCACCCACAGUUAUGUACUUUGCCGUUUUUAAUACUGGCCAAUCACCAAGACAAGCCAGCAGCUCGCUCAGUACAAGAGAUAAAAAAAUAUUUUGAACUUGAGCCACUUGCACGUGGAAAGCGCUGGAUUCUUAAACCCUGCUCCUUGGAUGAUAUGGAGGCAGUAAAAGACAGCUUCUCCCUUCUAAUAAACUUGCUAGAAGAGAGAGACUUCGAACCUUCAAGAAUGUGAAAGCCAAGAGAAAGAAGAGGUUCCCACGCAUCGCUGUACCUGCUCACUCUGUCACAGCUUAAUUACAGUGUAGUAUCAAGGCUGAGCUGUGAUAUGUUGUUCAUACAGAGUUAAUGCAGAAUGUCCUUUGGUUAAAAUAAAUGUUCUGUGAAUCAGGUACACAGCUAUUUCCAGUAAAGUUGUCUACACUACUGAAGUAGAAAGUUCCUCUUUGUUUACCACUAUUUCUGCACACCGCAUGUUGCUUUCUUGCACCGCGAUCAUCCUUGGUAGAAAAAUUUACACGCACAAAAACAACAUAGUCCGUAAAGGACGAAUUCCAUGUGUUACCUUGAAUUUUAAAAACAAUGUUUCUAAAGAAUUUAUGAGAAUAAUUUAGCUCAUUUAUUAACCUCACAUUAUGGAAAAGCACAGCCACUGAGAACCUUAAUAGGAUACCUAAAACGCAAGCAGUUUCAUGUUAAUGCAAAGGGUAUUCCUGAAGUUUUACUAAGCGAAAACACAGUUGAAGUAGUGGACUCCACAAGGUAGUUGAGUCUCUUCUGAAGUCACUGCAAAACCCUGCUAGAGGCAGUAUGGUGUUUUGCUGGAAGUUUGCAGAAAAAUAAAUUAACAAACAGAUGUGCACAGAUAACAGUACUUGGGGAAAUCAGUUUAUAUAAACAGGUGAUCUAAAUAAAAAGAUUUUUAGAAGUAUAUGAAAGAUUUUAGAAAUAUACAGAAGUUGAAUAAAGUAAUAAUUUUCAUUGAAAGUAGUUUUCCAUAAGAAAAGCAGAGCAAAUAUCUGUUAGUUCAUCUGUGGAGGCUUUAUUGCUAGUUAAAAGUAUAAGUGAUUUUAAAUACUUCCUUUAUCACUCAUUCUUAGACUACUAUUGUUAUUGUAACAUUGCCAAGGCAUCUAUCCAGUAAUUAAGGGUCUUCCAGUGUUUGUACUAUAAGCUUCUCUUUUCAAGGGGAUUAUAUCUUGUUCUUUCAAACUUCCUCUGGGCUAAAUGUUACUUAGAAGAUGAAAAAGUAGUAAUUGGAAACAACAUUUGUAAUACAUUUG